CCUUGUGAUGCUGUAAUAAAGAUCAAUCUCUUAGUAGUCAAAUAGAUAAAUCCAUCCUUUGCUGAUAUGUGAAUGAUACUAUCUUGAUUAUCAUGCAGAUUAAUCAGUAGUGAUUGACGUCCUGUCUGUGUACUAUAUUUCAAUUCUUCACCUCCACCAACUAAUAAUUCAAAUGGCAACUCACGAGAAGUACCUAACUCUUUCAUAUACCCAUUCUUCAAGGUAACAUUAUUGAUGGACAUACUGACGUGGAAUGAUUGCAAGAUAAGAUGAUAGAUUGUAAAAGCUGUGUUCUCCUUAUUUCGUUAGUUCACCCUUUUGCACGACUUGCAUCUAUAUUUUUUUUUUGCAAACGAAAUCAAACCUUUAAGUGAAGACAUUGUAAGUAAGAUAUAUAACUAAGGCUAAGGACCAGAAUCAAUGAGCUUGGCCAGAUGUGUUAACCCACACUUACAAAAGCUUUUCCUUAAGAACUCAUCCAGAUUUCAAAACACUUUCAAAAGUAUUACCAAUGAAGAGCUGUGUCAAAGUAUAAUAGACAAAUUGGAUUUAAGAUCCAAAUAUCCCAAUUCACAAAACCUUGACAUAGUAGAUGUAUUUCCAGGGUAUGGUCUUCUUUCAAGUAUGAUUAAUAUGGAGUUGAAGCCACGGAAUCAUGUUAUAAUGGAAUAUUCCAAGACUCAUGUUUUAGAAUGGACUGAAAAGAUUGAACAUUUGAAAGAGGUUACAUCUAAUAAGGAGAACUUUGUACUUUGUCAAAGAGAUGGUUGGUCAUGGGAAGCAUAUGAUCAAAUGAUCAAAGAAGAUAAGAUUAUAGAUCCUCAGAUUAAACCACGAGAUAAGAUACAUGAUGAACUUUUAGUAAUAGGAAAUUUAUCACCACCAAAAUUUGGAGAACCGUUAAUAGCUCAAUGGAUAAUGUGUUGUGCAUUUGGAAAUUGGUUACAAAAAUAUGGAAGAGUAAGAAUGAUAUGUUUGGUUCCAGUAGCAACGGCUCAAAAGUUUUUAGCUGGAUCUGGAUUCUUCAAAAGAAAUAAAUCAUCAGUGAAACGAGAAUUAUAUACCAAUGCAAAAUUAAUCGCAGUUACAGAACCAAAGGACGUAAUAGAUUCUAAAGGUAUAGGUUACGAUCCUAGACUUAUAAUCCGUGAUCAACCCGUACUUAUAAAGAGAGAAAAUACCAUUCCUGCAAAUGCAGAGUUCGCGGUAUUAGAAUUAGAACCUAAAUUGAUUGAUGCUGCUGUAGUUGAAGAUCAUGAACAUGUUUUACAACAAUUAUUUAUUAGUUCUUCUCGUGUGGUUAGAGAAAUGUUAACUUACAUUGCAGUUGGUGCUGAAGAAGAUUUACCAGCAGUUUUACCAGACCAUAUUUUAGAUAAACAAGUUAAAGAGCUAUCUCUAGAAGAUUGGCAAACGUUAUUUAAAUCCUAUGAUAAUUGGCCAUUCAAACCAAGUUACAUAGACCGUUUAGAUAUCCUACAAGAUGAUACUAGAGUAUUUUAAGUAUGAUACAUUUGUAUAUAAAAAAAA